GCCCUGUGGAGCUUUUGCUUAGUCAGGAACGGCUAGCGUUCUCGGCCCGUCUGUUUUCCGACGUCCAUUCUGAUCUAUGCAACCUCAAUGUGUCCGGUGCAUCCAGAUAGCUACUCAGUCCGAUCCGCCAAACUACCACUGCAGCUUUGGCGAGCGCCAUUUUCCUGCAGACACCGCGAGGCCCUUUGGUCCAUUCUUUUUCUUCGACUUUCAGCGAGAACCCUGUUGUAGCCCACCCAUCCACCUCUCCUCCUUUACGUCGGUCGAGUAGUCGAACUCUACGCCGCCAUGGCUGACCAACUGCUUGAUCCACUACGCGACGCUUUGGAGGGACAGAUUGAUUUCGAGGGACAGCGCCUUGCUGAAUUAAUCACCACGUUCCUGCUGGGUGCGGCUGGGAUUGUCGCCUUUUUCAUAGGCUUCAUGGCCCAGGAUAUCAGAUUGACGCUCUACAUCGGCCUCGCGGGCACUGCCCUUACCUUUCUCGCCGUCGUUCCGCCUUGGCCCAUCUACAACAAGAAUCCAGAGCCAUGGCUUCCACCAAGCAGCCGUGCUAUCGGAGUCAAUAUCGAUGUUGAUGGGAGCAAGGUUGGCUAAGCCGACACUUCAAGGGGCCGGGGCGCAAUGAGAGGCGGCAGGUUUGGACAUGUAGUAUUCGUGAAUGAAACGGAUUAUGCAGGGACCUCUAGCCCACAUGUUUCAAGCCACGCUCUCUUUCGCAGAGCAUCUGGAGAUUCCACACCUGUUUUCAUGGGCUGAGUACCAAGAUAUCACUCCUGAACGCCAGG